CGUUACGACAGAAGCUGCACCGACAGUGCAUCCGUCAGUUCAUCGUCAUGUCGUUGCCGAAGAUGUUAUCUCUCGGCAUGCUGGUAACACUUGUCGCGGCGCGGCUGGCGUGCGCCGACCGCUACCACCCCGACAGCGAAGAUCGUCGCGCCGGAGUAACAUUUAAUUCAAAUCCGGCGGAGAUGACCGCGGAGUACUGGACGGAGGAGGCGCAGGCGGCGAUACGGGCACGGAGAGCGCGCCUACGGGGUACCGCAGCCGAACACACAGCGCGCAACGUCGUCAUGUUCCUCGGCGACGGCAUGUCCGUCACCACGCUGGCGGCGGCGCGCACGCUGCUCGGACAGCGUCAGGGCCGCCCCGGGGAGGAGUCUCAACUCGCAUUUGAAGCUUUUCCUACCGUGGGCUUGACUAAAACUUAUUGCGUGGACACACAAAUUGCAGACUCCGCGUGCUCGGCGACGGCGUACUUGUGCGGUGCCAAGGCCAACCGCGGCACGCUGGGGCUGACGGCGGCCGUGCCGCGGCGGGACUGCGCCGCAGCCACCGAGCCCUCGGCGCAUCUCGAUUCCAUCGCCGCCUGGGCACUCGCCGAUGGAAGAGACGCAGGAAUCGUGACGACGACACGAGUAACGCACGCAUCACCAGCAGCGGCGUACGCCCGGGCCGCGAACCGCAAUUGGGAAAACGAUGGAAGCGUACGCAGUAACAAUCAGGAUCCGAAUAUCUGUCGAGACAUCGCCCACCAACUCGUUCAUUCCUAUCCUGGAAAUCAAUUCAAGGUCAUUUUAGGCGGCGGAAGGCGUGAAUUUAUACCUACCACAAGUAUUGACGAAGAAGGUACCGCCGGUCGCAGAACUGAUGGACGUAAUCUAAUUGAAGAAUGGAAAAUAGAUAAAAUAUCACGCAAUGCAACGUAUCAAUAUGUGUGGAAUCGUAGCCAGCUGGCGAACGCGGCCCAGAAUACUCCUGAGUAUCUUUUAGGUCUCUUCGAGGGGAGCCAUUUGCAGUACAAUCUGCAAGCCGACGCAGCCACGGAGCCGACGCUCAGUGAACUCACCGAGGUGGCAAUUCGGUCACUCAGUCGCAACGAAAAAGGGUUCUUCCUGUUCGUGGAGGGUGGGCGCAUCGACCACGCACACCACGCAAACCGGCCGCAGCUGGCGCUGGACGAGACGCUGGAGAUGAGCGCGGCCGUGGCGCGCGCCGCCGAACUGCUCUCCGAGGACGACUCCUUGAUCGUCGUGACGGCUGACCACGCCCAUGUCAUGACGCUCAACGGCUACUCGCCGCGCGGCAACGAUAUACUCGGGCCUUCCAACGACCGCGACGAGGCGGGCGUGCCCUACAUGACGCUCUCGUAUUCCAAUGGACCCGGAUUCCGCUCGCAUCAUAAUGGCACCAGACCUGAUGUGACGACUGAGACCAAUUUUCCGUCGUUAACUUGGAGAUCUCACGUGGACGUGCCACUCUCGUCGGAGACGCAUGGCGGGGAGGACGUGGUGGUUUUCGCACGCGGGCCACAGCACGCCAUGUUUACGGGACUGUAUGAGCAGAGUCAGCUUCCACACCUGAUGGCCUACGCAGCCUGCAUCGGCCCCGGCCUACAUGCCUGCAGCGCUGCGCCCCGUCACUUCAGUGCAAUGCCUUUGUUAACAAUAAUAUUUUUUCUUUAUAAAUUAUUGAAAUGAGUUC